UCGUUUCGACUCGGGCUUCUCCUUCCACUGCUGCGGCUUCCUCUCCGAUGUCCACAGGUAAAGAUGCAACCCUUGGGAAGAGAACAAUCAAAUUAUCCAGGAAAGCCAACCCCACCCUUUCUAGCUGCUCCACAAUCUUCAGGUCCUGGGGUUGGCUUGGGGGCAAUAGGCGCUCCACAAACUACAUCUCCAUUUGUAUCUUCGGGGCCUUCCAUUGGCACACAACCUUCUAGCUACAGAGAUCCACAACCAUCUAUCAGGUCUAAUAUUCCAUCUUACCUGGCACAGGAUGCCAGCAUUUAUCAGCAAUCACAAGCCCCAAGAUUUCUGCCAGAUGCUCAAACUUUUCCUCCCAUUAGUCAGCCAGUUAUGCUUCCUACUGGAUCUUUUCGCCCCCAGUCACAAAUUCCGGUGGUAUCAAUGGGUCCUCCACCACAAGGUGCAACCCAGUUGACAUCAAGGAGUAAUAUGCCUCAACCAUUAGAGUCAUCAUUCUCUACAUCAAUGGCUCCGCCUCAACCAUCUUUGCAUGGAUAUUCAAGUGUGCCCCCAAGAUCUAACAUGCCUCCAUUUCAUCCAGAUACACAGUUUCAUGCUUCUAGAUCAGUUUCACAGCCAUCAAUGCAGGCUUUUUCAUCUUCCCAUGUUGCUCCUGUACAUGGUUCUCCUUAUCAUUCUCACCAGAGUCAUGUAUCUGCACCGCCUCCAAUUCGAGGUCCUCUGGGUUUUGGUUCAAGGGAACAACUGCAGCAUCCCAUGGCAGGGCCACCUAUGGGAGGUCUUCAAGGUCUGGUUGAAGAAUUUGAAUCAUUAACUGUUGGAUCAGUACCGGGGGCUCUCGAUCCUGGGAUUGACACCAAGUUACUGCCAAGACCUCUAAAUGGUGAUGAAGAGUCAGCUAAGAUUCUGGAGAUGUAUCCACUGAAUUGCCAUCCUAGGAUCUUGCGGCUAACAACUCAUGCAAUACCAAAUUCUCAGUCAUUGCUUUGUAGGUGGCAUUUGCCUCUUGGAGCAGUAGUUCAUCCUCUAGCAGAAGCUCCCGAUAAGGAAGAGGUGCCAAUUGUCAAAUUUAGGCCAGCAGGCAUCAUUCGGUGCCGAAGAUGCAGAACAUAUGUAAAUCCAUAUGUGACAUUCACAGAUGCUGGAAGGAAGUGGAGGUGCAACCUUUGUUCUUUGCUUAAUGAUGUGCCUGGAGAGUAUUACUGUACUCUGGAUGCCAGUGGCAGAAGAUGUGAUUUGGACCAAAGACCUGAGCUAUGCAAGGGCAGUGUAGAAUUUGUUGCUUCAAUGGAAUAUAUGGUUCGGCCACCAAUGCCACCUCUCUAUUUUUUCCUUAUUGAUGUAUCAGUUCCUGCAGUUCAUUCUGGAUUUUGCUUGAGCUUGACCUCAAAUUUUUUGCAGAUUGUGGCAAAGACCAUCAAAUCCUGUCUUGACAGUCUACCUGGCUUUCCUCGGACACAAAUUGGCUUUAUCACUUUUGACAGCACAUUGCAUUUUCAUAAUCUGAAGUCUUCUUUGGCACAGCCUCAAAUGUUGGUGGUAGCUGACCUGGAUGAUGUAUUUUUGCCUCUUCCUGAUGAUAUUCUUGUUAACUUAUGUGAUUCUAGGCAUGUAGUGGAUGCAUUUCUAGAUAGCUUGCCGAUCAUGUUCGAGGGCACUGCCAAUGUAGAAUCUGCCCUCGGGUCUGCGCUUAGAGCAGCAUUCAUGGUUAUGAGUCAACUCGGAGGGAAGUUGCUCAUCUUUCAGAGUGCAUUACCGUCUCUUGGUGUUGGCCGCCUAAGACUUCGUGGAGAUGAUCUUCAUCUUUAUGGAACAGAUAAAGAGCAUACCUUAAGAUUACCUGAAGAUCCAUUUUAUAAGCAGAUGGCUGCUGAGUUUACAACGACGCAGAUUGCCGUGGACAUAUAUGCUUUCAGUGAAAAGUAUUCUGACAUUGCUUCUUUAGGAACUCUGGCCAAGUAUACUGGUGGUCAGGUGUAUCAUUAUCCAUCUUUUAAUGCUGUUGUUAUUCACCAUGAUAAACUUGGCUAUGAGUUGGCUAGGAACCUUACAAGGGAGACUGCCUGGGAAGCUGUGAUGCGCAUAAGAUGUGGGAAAGGGGUCCGCUUUACAACCUAUCAUGGGCACUGUAUGCUAGGAUCAACAGAUUUAUUAGCCCUUCCUGCAGUGGACUGUGACAAAGCUUUUGCUAUGCAGUUAUCUUUGGAAGAAUCCCUCAUGACAUCUCAGACUGUAUAUUUUCAAGUUGCCCUGUUAUAUACUUCCUCUUCAGGUGAAAGGCGCAUUAGAGUCCAUACAGCAGCUGCACCGGUGGUGGCUGAUCUUAGUGAAAUGUACCGUCGAGCAGAUACCGGAGCCAUUAUCUCUUUGUUGGGUAGGCUUGCAAUUGAAAAUUCGGUGUCUCAGAAACUUGAAGAUGCUAGACAGUCGAUGCAGUUGAAGCUUGUGAAAAGCCUUAAAGAAUAUCGAAAUCUUUAUGUUGUCCAGCAUCGGUUGGGUGGAAGACUGAUUUAUCCAGAAUCUUUGAAAUUCUUGCCGCUGUAUGUAUUGUCUCUUUGUAGGUCCACAGCCCUCCGUGGAGGGUAUGCUGAUGUUCCUCUGGAUGAACGAUGUGCUGCUGGUUACAAUAUAAUGAUACUACCUAUAGGCAGGAUGCUUAAACUUCUUUAUCCUAGCUUACUUAGGAUAGACGAAAACCUCCUGAAGAAUCAACAGGAGAUUCAAGAACCAUCAAAGCAGUUACCACUGACUGCCCAAAGUUUAGAUCCCAAAGGCAUAUACAUUUUGGAUGAUGGAUUUAAUUUCAUUAUUUGGUUAGGUCAGAUGCUUUCAUCUGAUUUAGUCAAUAAUAUACUUGGAGUUGAGUUUGGCUGCUUCCCUGAUCUAUCUAGGGUUGUAGUUUCUGAACACGACAAUGACAUGUCAAAAAAAUUAUUGAGGAUAUUGAGAACAUUGAGAGAAAAGGAUCCUUCGUCCUAUCAGUCAUGCCAUCUGGUAAAGCAGGGUGAACAGCCAAGAGAAGGCUUCAUGUUUCUUGCCAAUCUUCUCGAGGACCAGACUGCCGGAUCCAGCGGCUAUGUUGAUUGGAUUCUUCAGAUAUUUAGGCAAUCACAAAUCUCAUGAAGAGGAGGGAGGGGGAUGUUUAAUAACAGUACUCACUCCGUUCCAUGCUGUGUUCUCUGAGUCUGAAGGUAUUUGAUCAUCCAAGGCACAAUGAAGUUUGAAUCAAAACUUUUGAAGAUCAAAUCUCACAUUCAGCCUGACUUCCUUUGGUAAUCUGUUUUCUUCUUUAUUUUACUUCUUUUUCAUCUGCUUUCCUUUUUUUUCUCUUUACCUCAUCUUGAAUAGAAGUUUCUUCUGUGUCACAAUAUAUGGUUUUUUUUUUGUGGUAAAUUAUCCACCUCAUGGAUUUAGAAACAGAAUACUUGAUAUGUAUUUAUUCUUGUGACCUUAAAAUGAUAUAUUCUCCAUCAAGGUACCAUACAAAG